AUGAAGAUGAAACUCGGCCACACCCUCUUCGCAACAUCUACCCUCAUUGGGACGGCUUUCUCCCUCCCCUCAAACCUCACCUCGCGCAUUCAAGCCCGCUCACUAAACCGCCAAUCCCACCCUAACCUCCCCACGCCCGGCGGCCACGAGGGCACACAGAGCGGUUUCCGCACAGCAAACACAGCCGCAAUCGCAUACAGCAACAACUGGGCCGGCGCGGUCCGCGAGAAACCGCCCGCAGGCGGACCCUACACAGCCGUGAGUGCGACGUUCACAGUGCCCGCGCCCACGGCCGUGCCGGGAAAUACGGGGAUGCAGGCUGGUUCUGCGUGGGUGGGGAUCGAUGGGGAUACCUAUCCUAGCGCGAUUCUGCAGACGGGGGUCGACUUUUAUAUCGAGAAUGGGCAGAUCCAUAACGAUGCGUGGUUUGAAUGGUUUCCCGACUAUGCAUAUGAUUUCAAUCUCGACGUGAAUACGGGCGAUGUCAUUGUGGCUAUGGUGCAGUCGUUUUCGCCUAGUGAGGGCAUUGCCGUUAUCGAGAAUCAGAGCACGGGCGAGAAGGCGACGCAGACUGUGAGAGCGCCAAAGACCGAGGCGACGCUUGCUGGGCAGAAUGCGGAUUGGAUUGUGGAGGACUUUCAGUCCGGGGAUUCGAUGGUUGCCCUGGCGGAUUUCGGGAGCGUCACCUUUACGGGGUGUGAGGCGCAGGCGCAGAACGGCGAGAUACUUGGGCUGAACGGGGCGACGAUUAUCGAGUUGAAGCAGAAGAACAAGGUGUUGACGGAAGUGACGGUGCAGGGCGAUGAGAUGAUGACUGUGAAGGCGAAGCUAUAG